AUGGUCUUCAUAUCCCUGAAAUACGCUCUUUUUAGCCUCGCAGCUACUGCUGCCGCCGUUCCUCAUCCAAACCAGCCUAAGUGUGACGAGUCUUCGCUCAACACUACCACCACUACCUACACCACUACUUCUCAAGACACCAUCUUCACUGUGGCCAAGAAAUUCAACCGUGGUGCCUGCGACAUCGCGCGUUACAACCGGAUGAUCGACGCUGAGCACAUGUUUGCAAAUUUUACUCUCCGCAUUCCUCCCCAGGUCUGCAACCCAGACAGCACAACCUGUCUCUUGACCAAGCAAAAUGCUACAGCUACUUGUCUCAAAGGUGGCCCGCACGACUACAGAACCAUUGCAGGUGACACUGUUGAGAGAAUUGCUUUGUACAAGCUGAACAUGACUGUCGAGUCGGUCUACGAGAAUGCCAAGAGAGCUGUUUCGUCCAUCUACGAGGAGCUUCCCGUCAACUCUUUCAUCAAGAUUCCCCAGUGUGUUCCCAGUGCCUGCACUAUCACACCGUUCCAUUUCACCUACGGUGUUUACAAGGAUCUUGCGGAGAUGUUUGGCACUACUGUUGGACAGAUCAUGGCCUUCAACGGUGGUUACAACUACAGUUCAGCAACGGAUGAGGAGGCACCCUGGCUCACCGUGCCUACAGGAUGCACGAACCUGGCCCUCGAUGUUACUGUAGAGCUUUAA